AUGAAACUUGCGCCGCCUGGGGCCAAAAUUCUAUAUUUCUGCGAAACAUCGAAUGUUUGGAAACAUGGAGAUACACAUGACAUAAACCUCGCCGGACUGCCAAAAUGCUGCUAUAUAUUUCUACCAAAGACGAGCUAUGAAGAGGGAAAAGCCGAAAUCUUUCGCCAGUUCAAUGCUCCGGCUCUCCUGGCCUCGAAGAUGGGCAUUGAUAUCAACGGGUUUUUCGGUUCUCGACGCAGUCAUGAUGAAAAGGAGCGAUUGAAAAGUUAUAGCACUUGGUAUCGCUGUCUCGUAAAGAUGAUUUACCCAUACAAGCUCCCCACCGGGAAAGACUACAAAUGGUACGAAAUGACCUUUGUAAGCCGCUGGGAAGCUCCUGGCUCGGAACAGAUAUUGUGCAUCGACACACCAGAAGACUUUCCAUCUACUCUAUCAGUAAUCCUGGGGGAUACUGCGGUAGACUUUAACGAUCCGUUCGCGAUGCACGUUCCCCUGCUGCAAGAGGUUGUGCGGUUAAACGACAAGUCAGUGUGGGCUAUCAGAGAUCCCAUUCGAGAUGUUGAAAAGAGGCGGCCAACAGCUGGCCCAGAUUUCGAGGCGAUGCAUGAGAUUUCGCGGCACUCAAUCCAUGUAUCCGAAGUACUUGCUGUCAGCAUACAGACUUUUGGGAAGAUCCUAGAGCAGCAGCGGAAAAUCCAUGAAAAACUGCCUGUCUCCCUAAGUGUGGACGCUCGGGAACAGGCCCACGAAGACGUAGACUUCCAGAUCCAGAUGAUGAAGAGCCUGAAAGAGCGGUCGGUAUCUAAUUAUUCAAGACUGACGAGUGAAAUCACGGUGGCGUAUAAUCGGAUUGCCCAGCAAGACAACCGAGUUAUGAAAUCCAUUGGACUGUUGACCAUGACUUUUCUACCGGCCACAUUCAUUUCGGCCAUCUUCAGCACGACGUUCUUCGAAUAUGGCGAGGAGAAGCUUCAAGCUUCCAAGCAACUAUGGAUAUACUGGGUCGUGACGAUACCCUCGACCCUACUUAUUGUAAUCAUAUGGCGGUCUCUUCUCAACAAAAAUCCGCCGGUGACGUGGAGAACGCUGUGGAGCCACCUGCGACUGUUCGAGUGGGAGCAAGUCAAGAAACUCGUAGCCACCGAGAGACAGGACACGGAGAAAAGUACGGUAUGA